AUGGUAGCCGACACCAAUGUGCCGCUCUCGAAAAAUAAUGGGAUUUUGAGAGCGGAUAGAAGUUGCUUGGGUUGGUUCGACGACCAGCCGCUGGAGUCGGUGGUCUACUUGAGCUUCGGGAGCCUUGUGGUGAUCACAAGGGACCAGGUCAUGGAUUUUUUGUACCUAGUCGAGUGGGCCCCACAAGAGGGGGUCUUGGCCCACCCAGCCAUUGGCUGUUUCCCGAGCUACGACGGGUGGAACUCGACCCUCGGAGGCCGUCGCUGCCGAGUCCCGGUGAUCUGCUGGCCCCGCUUCGCCGUCCAAAUGGUGAACAUCACGUUCGUGGGCCAUGUGUGGAGGAACGGGGUGGACGUGAAAGACACGCGCGACGCAGUCGUGGUCGAGAGGGUGGUGAGAGAUUUGAUCGAUCCAGAGAGGGACAACGAGUUCAGAUACUCUGCAGAGAAGAUGGCAAAGCUCGUCAGAACAAGUUCUGGCUUCGGAGGCUCGUCCUAUCGCCACCGAGAGAGGUUGAUUAUGGAUAUCAAGCACAUGGCAGCUCAUCAAAAUCGGAUUCCCAAUUGA